CUAAACUAUAACGUCAAUUUUAAAUCAAAAAGAAAUAAGAUUUAAAUCUUAAAAAUAAAAUUAAGAUGUUUAAAACUUGGCAAAAACCACUGCAUAAACGAAAAUUAUGGAAACAAAUGUCUGUUACAAGUAAAAUUGUUUACUAUAUGCGACCGUUUGUAGAACAAUUAAUUGAAAUUUGGCUGCAACCGUUGCCAUUCCCAACCAUUUUUAAAUUAAUAUACUCUGGCAUUUUGAAUAUCUUUCUUCUAAUGCCCAUUGUUUAUCCCAUAUUAAUUGUUAUUCUAUAUUAUGGAAUAGUACAAUACUUUUUUGAAAAAAGCUUGGAUAUGCGAUUUACUCAAAAUAUUGAUUUGAUACAUUUUCUAGAACAAUUAUUUUCAUUAGAAACCUUCAAAGAAAAUCAAAACUCCCUGUUUGUACCCUUCCUUAAGGAUAUCUAUGCCUUGGCUUGCUGCAUUGACUAUAUUCGACUUGCCUUGGCCAUAAUGAUGGGAUAAAAAUUGGGAAAGAAGUAAAUUAAAACUCUAGCUAUCUACAUGAAUUAUUUUAAAUUUUAUUUCAUCACUUUGUUUUAUAAAUGUUGAAUUCUUACCGUAAAAAUAAAAAUUAUAAUUUUAUUAUAAUACA